UACGCCUAGAAAUUAGCCUCCAUAAAAGUGCACCAGGCAGGAUUUCAGGUGCUUCCACAGAGAGGUGACUGAAUUAAAGGCAGUUCAGGCUUACCAGGAAUGUAAACAGUGGGGGGAAGAUACCAUCACAACUGAAGCGAAUUUCACUUGAUUUAUUUCAUUGGCAUACACUUCGUGCUCCAGAUCAGAAAACAAUGAACUCUGUAGUUCACCCUCUGUGGUUAUUUAUGAUUCCGGUUUUGCUUUUUUCUUUCUGGAUACUUGUAUAUAUAAAUUGGUGUGCUCUCUCAUUUCUGUUAUAUAUUUACAAGAAGAUAAAUAACCACCAAGAAAAUGAUAUGUAUAGCAAAUUUUGGGACAAGCCAAGGCAAGUUGCGGCUCAAGGUUUCGGUAUAUACGGAAAGAUAUGGCAUGGUUAUGAAGUUAUUGGCAUGGAACAUCUCCCUAAAGGACCAGGGAUUGUUAUUUUUCAUCACUCACUUUUCCUUGCCGGCUAUUCCUUGUUUGUGGGAAAAGUUUAUAAAGAGAAAGGGAGACCGUGCCAUACAGUAAUUGACCAUGCCCUGUAUAAACUUCCAGGGCUGAGGAUAUUUCAUGAUUUCUUAUACAUGAAAGAUUUCACGAAAGCUGAAUGUGUGGAAAUUCUGAAGAAAGGGCAUUUAUUGGGCAUUUCACCUGGUGGAGCUAGAGAAGCAAACUUUAGUACUGACUACAGCUUAAUGUGGGGUAACCGCACAGGUUUCGCUCGGCUAGCUUUGGAGGCGAAAGUGCCCAUUAUCCCUAUAUUUGUACAAAAUGAUUCUGAAGCAUACAGAUCCUUUGGAAAGAUAAGGUUGACAAGAUGGGUAUAUGAGAAAACGCGUUGUUUUCCCCUUCCCGCAUAUGGAGGGUUUCCAGUGAAAUUGAGGACAUAUAUUGGAGAACCCAUCCCAUAUGAUCCAAAUAUAACUCCCGCAGAGCUGGCUCUAAAAACCAAGACUGCACUUGAAAAUCUUCGGGAUAGACACCAAAAAAUGCCAGGAAAUAUAUUAAGAGCUCUUUCAGAACGAUUUGAUAAGGAUGACAAAGCUAACAAGUCUAUAUAAAACAAACCAUAGUUCCAUAAUAGGAAAAUUUAAAAAUUAACUAAUUAAAGCCAAAUAAACAUACAGUGGUACCUUGGUUCUCAAACUUAAUCCGUUUCGGAUAUCUGUUCCAAAACCAAAGCGUUCCAAAACUAAGGCGUGCUUUGCAAAAUGGAUUAAUCCGUUCCAGACAAUUGAAAUCAACCCCUAAAAUAGCAAUUUAACAUGAAUCUUACUAUCUAACGAGACCAUUGAUCCAUAAAAUGAAAGCAAUAGACCAGGCUGCAAUCCACUACGGAGUAUAAAAAACUGGCAGUGAUCUACCCAUUGCCAUUGGAGGGAGGAGCGUGUGGGGUGCAUGAAGGGGGAGUUCAAGGGGGGGGAGGAAGGCAAAAGUUCUCUCUCUGAGGAGCCCCUCUGCUUCUCUCC